AUGGGAAAUGUUUUUGAAAAGCUGUUUAAAAGUCUGUUUGGGAAAAAGAUGAGAAUUCUUAUGUUGGGUUUGGAUGGAGUUGGAAAAACCACCAUCUUGUAUAAAUUGAAGCUGGGAAAGAUUGUAGCUACCGUCCCUACGACAGGUUUCAAUGUGGAGACAAUAGAAUAUAAAAAUAUCAGCCUCACAGUCUGGGAUGUUGCUAGCCACUUCAAAAUCAGACCUUGGUGGCGACAUUAUUUCCAGGACACAAAUGGUAAAGAUUAUCCAGUCUGUAUCCUUGGAACCAUUUCUGUUAAAUGUAUCUAAAGACGGGGCCAGGCAUGGUGGCUCAACUCUGUAAUCCUAGCACUCUGUGAGGCCGAGGUGGGGGGGAUCACUUG